AUGAUAAAUAGUAGUGGAAUACGCCAUGGUAUGGGAGUUGAAGAUAGUGACAACGAAGGAACAACCGAGUCCGAAUCUCACAAAUUUCAUCUUGGAAAGAAAGUGUCUAAAUUAACGGAUUAUAUAUUCAAAGGGAAGAAUAACGGAGAUAGCCAUAGCAACUCUUUAAAUAUUAUUAAUAAAUCCGAUCUCAGCCGGUCUACGACUGAUCUGAAUGAUGAAACAUUGGGGGAUGAAGAAGAUCAACUGGAUGGAUUUCUUGAUAGUCAGCGUACUGCUAUAGUAGAAGCUGAAGUAGAAAAGUUAAAGAAAAAAAUUGAGUCAAUUAAGGAAGACAUCAAUGAAUUAACACAAUUUCAAAACGAAGUUAUUGCUGAUUACUUAAAGACCUAUGAUGAUAACGAUAUUAGUCAAGAUCAAGCAAAGAAAAAGAAAGUCUUUGACAAAGAGGUUCAAAAGCGUCAAAAAGAAAUUGCUACUAAACAGCGAUCUUUAGAAAAACAUAAUAAACUGUUGUCGGAACUUGUAAAUGACCCUCGACAUCAUAAAAUGCAUUUACGCGCUGUAAGCAGUACAAAGCAGUUAUUAAUUCCGAAAACGUCGACACUAGCGGGUAGCAAUGAAAAUCUCCAUCGGCUUGAUACAGAAGCAUCUAAUAGUUUUAAUGUUGUUGAUACCACGGAUGUUCGAUCGAGAAGUAUAAGCGCUACGGAACCAAUUGUAAAGUCUAAGAGCAUCCAUAGGCCUGAUAGUAGAAGUGGAACUGAAUUUCCAGAAACAACAGAUGAGAAACAACUUCUACGUAAUUCAACAGAAAGUAUUUCUAAAGUAUCACGCAGCUCAAAUGAAGCCUCUCCAACUGCACAGUCGGAAUCGUUACAGAUAAAGAUUGAAGGAGAAAUUAUGCCUGCUAUUAAUGAAUUGAGAAAUACCGUUAAGGCACUUUCUACCAAAGUUUCUAGCCUCAAGAAAUCUCAGCAAAUUUUAGAAUUAGCCAUUGAUAGAUCAAAUGAGGAUAGCAAGAAUCGAUUUCAAGAAAUAGCUGAGGAUUAUGAAGAAGAUAGAGAUCAUAUUCAUAGUAUUGAGGAUCAGCUGAAUGAGUUUAUUGACCUUCGACAAAAUGAGACGUAUGAAUUAAAAGCUGAAUUGGAAAAUGUUGAAGAACGAACGGAUUAUCGCCUAAAUGUCUUUUCUGGAGAUUUAGAUGAUUUUUUUAGCUCUUAUCAUACUAAAAUAAAGGAAAUAGAAAAUAGAUUAGAUCAGCUGCAAAAGCCUAUGGAUUAUGAAGGUUUAGGGUUAAAAAGUGGUGAUGCGAUAUCUUCAGCCCUGAAUAUUGGCAUUAGUUUUGCGACAUUUUUAUUAAUGUUUGGCAGUGCUGUAUUCAAAGGCAUUAGACCUUUUAUUAGAACUAAGUAUGCCAGAAUGUUAAUUAAAUUGUAG